GUUUUUGCUUGUGGUUUUUCUCUCAUUCCCCUCUCGGAGUCAGACAUAGAAAGUUUGUUUCUAAACCAAACCCCCAAGAGCCAUAUUCCAUUUUCCAUUCUCCAUUCAUUCCCUUCUUCUUCCUCCGAUUGCAUCAUCUUCUCUCAAUCGCCGCCGAUUACUCAUCAACCAUGCAUUCCAAUCACUUGCUUCUCGAGGAGCCUAUUCGCAUGGCCUCCAUCCUCGAGCCAUCCAAAUCUAGUUUUUUUCCUGCUAUGACUAAGAUCGUUGGGACUCUUGGUCCUAGGUCUCGAUCUGUUGAGAUUAUCUCUGGUUGUCUUAAGGCUGGAAUGUCGGUUGCUCGUUUCGAUUUUUCAUGGGGCAACUCUGAAUAUCAUCAGGAGACUUUGGAGAAUUUGAAGGCCGCUGUCAAGAGUACCAAGAAGCUUUGCGCUGUUAUGCUUGACACUGUGGGCCCUGAAUUGCAAGUAAUAAACAAAACCGAGAAAUCCAUUUCACUUCAGGAAGAUGCAAUAGUCGUCCUUACACCGAAUCAAGAACUUGAGGCGACUUCAGAGCUCUUGCCUAUUAACUUUACAGGACUUUCAAAGGCUGUGAAGAAAGGAGACACAAUUUUCGUGGGUCAAUAUCUUUUCACUGGAAGUGAAUCAACUUCUGCAUGGCUGGAGGUUUCUGAAGUCAAGGGCGAUGAUGUUGUUUGUGUAAUUAAGAACUCUGCCACAUUGGCUGGGUCACUGUUCACUUUGCAUGGCUCUCAAAUUCACAUUAACCUUCCUACACUUUCUGAUGAGGACAAGGAGGUUAUAUCAAGUUGGGGAGUGCAAAACAAAAUUGAUUUCCUUUCACUAUCAUAUACUAGACAUGCUGAAGAUGUUCGACAGGCUCGUGAAUUUCUUUCUAAGUUGGGCGACCUCAGCCAAACCCAAAUCUUUGCAAAGAUUGAAACUGUUGAGGGAUUAACCCAUUUUGAUGAGAUUCUACAAGCAGCAGAUGGUAUUAUUCUAUCCCGUGGGAAUUUGGGUAUAGAUCUCCCACCCGAGAAGGUGUUUUUGUUUCAGAAAGCUGCUCUUUAUAAGUGUAACAUGGCUGGUAAGCCUGCUGUGGUUACUCGUGUUGUAGACAGUAUGACCAACAAUUUAAGGCCUACUCGUGCAGAAGCUACUGAUGUUGCAAAUGCAGUUCUUGAUGGAAGUGAUGCUAUUCUUCUGGGAGCUGAGACUUUACGUGGACUGUAUCCAGUUGAGACUAUUUCUACUGUUGGUAGGAUUUGUGCUGAGUCUGAGAAGGUGUUCAAUCAAGAUUUAUAUUUCAAGAAGACUGUCAAAUUCGUUGGGGAACCUAUGACGCACUUGGAAUCCAUUGCUUCCUCAGCGGUUAGGGCUGCCAUUAAGGUGAAAGCUUCAGUUAUUAUUUGCUUCACUUCAUCUGGAAGAGCUGCAAGAUUAAUUGCUAAAUAUAGGCCCACAAUGCCAGUUAUAUCCGUUGUCAUUCCUAGGCUGAAGACAAAUCAGUUAAGGUGGAGCUUUAGUGGAGCAUUUGAGGCAAGGCAGUCAUUGAUAGUAAGAGGCCUGUUCCCUAUGCUUGCUGAUCCACGACACCCUGCGGAAUCUACUAGCGCAACAAAUGAGUCGGUUCUAAAGGUUGCUCUGGAUCAUGGCAAAGCGUCUGGAGUGAUUAAGUCACAUGACCGAGUUGUUGUUUGUCAGAAGGUUGGGGAUGCAUCUGUGGUCAAGAUUAUCGAGCUUGAAGAUUGAAAUAGCCUUUCCAGAUAAUUUCUUUUCCCGCUAAUUUUUGAAGUGACCGUUUUCCUGGUGCUGUCACCACCAUGAGGUAUAAUGAAAUUAUAUACAUGGUUUUGGAGAUCGAGGAGAUCUUAUAAGUGAGAAAAUGUAAAAUGACUCAUAAAAACGCUAUUGACUUUCCCAAAUUUAGAAGCCAUGGUGUUCAUGGCAAAAUCUUAAUUUAUUGAAGUUAUUCAACCAAUGGCCAAGUCAUGAUUUUUUGGUUAGUUUCAUUUCUAUUUGUUGUGGCAUUAGGGACCCAUACUAGAGGAUCUGUGGUUGCCAUUUUUGAUCAUGCACUCACCACAAAUAAUCAUGAGAUCUACUGGUUUUGUUACAGUCCAGAAAUUUUCUUGUACGCUGAA